UCACCGGACGCGCUGCGAUCGAAAUUCCGCAAAUCUUACAUCACUGCCUUCAGGUCUAUGUAUGGGAUACGUUGGGCCAGAGAGUUUCUCUCUGGUUGGAGUACGAUUUUCUUGGUUUUUCUGACAUCUGUGUUGACUACGUUGGCUACGUUCAUUUGGUAUCGUUUGUGGAAUUUUUCUAUUAUGUGUGAUAUUAAUUCUAUCUAGGAAACAGUGAAGUUAUAUCUAAAUGGUGUUUUGAAUCUUUAUAUUAAAAAAUACCAAAAUGAUGAUGGAUUACUUUGUUACAAAUAACUCGUUAGCACCUGCACCAAUGGGUAUUCAAAGUACCGCAGGUGCUGUACCUGUAAAAAAUGAUAAAGGCGAACUUUCUAUGAAGAAAGUGAAAGUACAUCGUUAUGUUUCUGGUAAACGUCCUGAUUAUGCACCAGCAGCGAGUUCAGAAGAAGAAUCUGAAGAAGAAGAUUUUCUGGAUAGACGUGCACAUAAAAGUUACGAGGAAAAUGAUUUGAGUACUGAUACACCUGCACAAUCACAAGCUAAAGUACGUGACGAGGAUGAUCCACGCAUUAGAAGAUUAACACGUUUAGAAAAGCAAAAAGAAUCUAAUACAGAAAUUCGUGUGGAGAGACAUAGACAUAUACACGAGCCAGAAUUAGUCGAAGUUGAACCUGAAAGAACUCGGGAAAGAAUUAAACUAGAAAGUUCAGAUUCGUCAGAGGAUGAAGAGUUGUCAGAUUCUGAAAUUGAAAGAAGGCGUGAGGCAUUGAAACAAAGAGUUUUAUCUAAAAAAGGAAAUGAAGAAGAAUUAAUUCAUGCAGACGAAGAUGAAAGGUCUGCUAAUACCUCAGAAGAAAGCUCAGAAUAUGAAGAAUAUACCGAUUCAGAAGAAGAAACUGGACCAAGGUUGAAACCAGUCUUUGUUCGUAAAAAAGAUAGAAUAACAGUAAUGGAAAAAGAAAAGGAGGCAAUGAAGCAAAAGCAAGCAGAGAUUGAAGCCAAAAAACUGGCUGAAGAACGAAAAAGACAAACUCUACGGUUAGUAGAAGAAGUAAUCAGAAAGGAAACACAAGUUGGUAAAAAUAUCAGCGAACAGGAAGGAAAACUUGAAGACGUUUGUACAGAUGAUGAAAAUGAUGAAGUUGAAUAUGAAGCAUGGAAACUGCGUGAAUUAAAGAGGAUUAAACGUGACCGCGAAGAACGAGAACAGCUUGAAAAAGAACGACUUGAGAUUGAACGUGUACGUAACAUGACGGAAGAAGAACGAAGACAAGAAGCGCGAUUAAAUCCAAAAGUUAUUACGAACAAGGCAGCAAAAGGAAAGUACAAAUUUCUGCAAAAAUAUUAUCAUCGUGGAGCUUUUUAUCUGGAUAAAGAUGACAACAUAUUUAAACGAGAUUUCUCUGGAGCAACAUUAGAAGAUCAUUUCGACAAAACAAUCUUACCCAAAGUUAUGCAAGUGAAGAAUUUUGGACGCAGUGGUAGAACAAAAUACACUCAUCUAGUUGAUCAAGACACUACUCAGUUUGAUUCACCUUGGAUCUCAGAAACUGCACAAAAUUUAAAAUUCCAUAACAAUCAAGCCGCAGGAAUGAAGCAAAUAUUCGAUCGACCAUCAUUGAAAAAACGGAAAAGUGAUAAUUAAUCAAGAUGUUAUAAUUUCUCCAUUUUAAUAAAAGUAACAAUAACUAUUUAAA